CUUCGUAUGGAUCGGCCCGCAGUCGCUGACGAAGAUGUACUUUCAAACGGAAGCCGAUUGGUUGACGUACGGCGUCGCGAUCAAAGCGUACACGCUGAGCGACGGCGUCACCGUCGUGGACGAACGCGUGACGACCGGCGUAUACAACGGGCCCGACGCCGUCAGCGGGUGGACGCCCGGGUAUCAUCUCGAAGCCUCGACCGGGUCCUCGGGGAAUCACGUCCUGUCCAUCUUCUCCGGGUGCUCCACCGCGCCUGGGUCCUGCGACGAGACAAACAGGCAGGACCACAUCACGACGUAUUUCAAGUUUAUGCUCCACGCGCAAGAGAUCUUGCGCCCGAACCUGAUCUGGACGCUCGUGGACUCGCUCGAUUCGGAUGGGUUAACGACGAGGACGGAUAGCGCCGGGAGCAUCGUCACGAAACGCUCCGCGAGCGGCGCGAUGGUGACCGUGCAAGAUCGAUACAUCGUCGGCGUCGGCGGUCCUUCCUACAAUUUCGGCUCUGGAGCGGGGGCGCGGAUCACCGUGUACGACACGUCCACGUUGAUCGAAUACACGCACACGGCGGACGAAGACGUAGACAAGCUCGAGUUCCCCGCGAUCGCGGCUUGGGACGAUUACGCGUGUUCGUCCUGUCCCGACACCAUCGUCGGCGCGUUCCUCAUCACGGGCGGUCGCGUGAGCUCCGCCUUCGGCCCGAGCACGACGACGCAGGAACAACAAGCGUACAACGUUUACCUCGGAAAGAUCGAUCUGACCUCCGGCGUGAUCACGGUGUCCAUCUCGCUUCUGUACGCGUACGACUCGAGCACGAACGACUCGAGCAUGCCCGCGCGUUUCGGAAGCGUCGCGUGGGUCAUCGGUAACUCUUUCAUGAUUCAAGGCGGCUUCCACCUCGGCAGUCACGCCCUAGGCUUGGAACUCAACGAGUACGCUACGGACUGCACGGCCGACGCGACUGGUCGAGUGUGGGCGUUCGACGCGGGACUGACGGACGCCGGCGUUCUCGCGUCGACCGCCCCGUGGUCCCUCGUCGCGGAAGCCCCGGAAGCGACGACGACCGCGUGCACGACCUCUGAAGUCGUCGCCGCGGGCAUCGAGGGGGGGCUCGGGCGCGGCCGCCACGCGGCGACGCUCGUGGGGAACACCUCUGUUCGCAUCUCCGGCGGGUUGCGGCAUGCCUCGAGCAUGCCCGCGUUCGUAUCCUCGCUCUACGAUCAGUGGGAGUUGGACCUUGCGACGUACACCUGGACGCAGUACACGGCGACGAGCUGGUCCUCGGAGUCCGUUCCCUCGGAUCGAAACCGUUGGGACCACGCGAUGGUGACGCUCGGCGAGUCCCGCGUCGUCGUCGCCGGCGGUAACUGCUUGACGGAUGCUCACUGCGUCAGCGAAUACGUCUUCACGCAACCGUCCGGCACGGCCGCGUUCGUCGACGAGUUCGGCGAGCAAAGCGACACGGAGUACUCCGCUCUCACCGUGGACGACAGGAUAUCUCUGGCGACCGCGCCCACCGGGCUCGCGCGCGAGUCCUUGGCCUCCGUUGGCGUUGGAACGUCCAGCCGGACCGUGCUGUGCGGCACGCACUUGUACACGUUUUCGCUCGUCGACCCUACAUCCGAGUCCAGGGACGCGCCGGGCGGACUCGUGUGGAGGUACAAGCUCGUGAGCUACGUCUCCCCCACCGGAAGCAACACGAAAUACUCGACGGACGAGUUUCACGGAAGUUCGACCUCUCCGUUCCAAACGAUAUCAUACGCCGUGAACCGCGGGUUCGCCCCGGUGACGGUUCUCAUGAGCGGCUCUCACACGGACAUUGCGGGGAGCAACGAUAUUCACGUCGCCGGCCCUCUGGUGAUUUCCUCCGCGACGUACUUAGCCUCCACGGCCGCUGGGUACCCGACGACGUGCUCGAUGAACGUCAACGCGGCGACGACCGCGUCGGAGGCGGCGGUGUGGCGACAAACCUGCGUCGGCCCCGUCGUCGUGACCGGCCAAGCGGGCGCGGUGGUCGCCGCGAGCGGCCUUCAAGGCGGGUUCAUCAUCACCGGCGGCGUGAAGGUCCUCCUCGAUAACUUCGAGAUCUCCGGGGCGUUCGCCGAGUCAGGCGGCGCGAUUUACGCGGACAACCUCGAGUGGCACGACUACAACGAUAACACCGACGGCAGCGCGCUCGUGUUUUUACAACGCAUGACGCUCACGGACAGCACGUCGCUGAAAGCCGGCGGGGCGAUAUUCACGAAGCGCAACAUGCACGUAUUCAAAACGACCAUCUCAAACUGCGCGGCGGUUCUGUACGGCGGAUGCGUGUACUUCGAGGACGACACGACGCAGCCGCUGUUGAUGGACGAAGUCACGAUCGUCGGCGGCGACCUUUCGGCGGCGAACAGCGGCUUCGCCGCCGGGAUAAACCAAGGCGGGUUGAUAUAUUCGACGGGAACGAUAGAGAUCGUCAACUCGGCCCUGUCCGGCGGGUACGCGAAGCACGGCGGAGGGAUUAACCUUGAAGGUACGACGAGCGUCGUGUCUUUCCUCACCGACAGUACGAUAUCCGGGUGCUACGCGGUCUCAAACGAAGGGCUUGGCGGCGGAAUUUACAUAAGUCAAAACGAUCUUUUCUACCCCGUGGACAAGUACGAUGACUACAAUCGGCGCGGCCUGCAAGCGUGGAGCUCGACUAUCACUGGAAACAUGGCGUUCGCGGGUGGCGGCGUCUUUAUGAAUCGCGGACUCAUGAUGUUUUAUGGGUGCACUUUAUCCAGUAAUUAUGCCACCGACGAGGGCGGCGGACUGUUCGCGAGCGCCAGCAUCGUUGGCAUCUGGAGUUCCUCGAGCGUAAACAACAACAUUGCCAACCGAGACGGCGGCGGUGUGCUCGUUACUCUGUCGACGUUGUACGUUUUGGAAUCUACAUUCGACAGUAACUACGGCUUACGCGGGGCAGCCAUCCGCUCGCGCGACUGCCGUGCAGAGAUUGGCGGGAACAUUGUCGUGAUCGAGGACUCGACGAUCCAGAAUCAUUUUUCUUUUUCCGCGGGUGCGGUUUUCUCCGAAGACACGACCACUCAGCACAUAGAUACCACGUUCGAUAACAACAUCGCGUACCGCAUCGGCGGCGCUGUGUACACUCGCGGGCUGACCUAUCUCCAUAGCGUCGGCUCGACGUACAAAUACAACUACGGACUCUACGGCGGCGGGCUCGCGUUGAUGGGGAGAACGGCGGCGAUCUCCACCGCGACGAUCUCUAAUAACUGGGCGUUCCGAGACGGCGGCGGCGUCCUCCUCGAAUCCAUGGCCUCGGUGACGUUCACGAGCUGCACGAUCUCCGGCAACACGGCGUGGACGGGGUACGGCGGCGGCGUCUCGCUAUACGGCGGUGGACGAUCGAACGACGUCGGCACACUUCCUCUGUCCACGAGCACGAUCAGCGGAAAUAACGCGCAAUACGGCGGCGGCCUCGCGGAAAUUUGCGAAGAGGACGACUACGACCAGUACUUUGGAACGUGCGCGCAAUACUUCUUGCAGACGGACAACACGAUCACGUCGAACGGCGCGUGGAGCGCCGGCGGCGGCGUGUACUGGGCGACGAACCCGCCCAUCGCGUGCUUUUGCGGCGCGUGCACGACGACGGCCAUCGCGCAGGAGAUUCACGUCGACGCGACGCUCCCGUGCAACGACCUGUCCGGGAACCAGGUGUACGAGGACACCUACGGCUCGUACGUGUACACCGACGACGGGUUCGUCAUCGAUUACAUUGUGGCGUACGGCCCAGAGAUCGCGUCGGCGACGGCGGCUUACGUCGCCGUCGGCGAAGAGGCCAACACGGUUUUCGCCCCCGGGGUGGUCUCCGAGACGCCGAUCGUCGUCACGCUCGUGGACGUGUACGGUCAGACGGUGACGUCCGGCUCCACCUCGAACGCGACGGUCUGGGCGACGUACCCGGACGGGGUCACGAUGACGUCCGGGGGCAUGACGGACUUGUACCGGGGCACCGGGAGCAUUUACCUCGGUUUCGUCGCGGAGGCGGGGACGUACGAUAUCGAGUUCGUCUUCCAGAACGACAUGGAGACCGUGAGCUCGUUCAACUUGAUGAACACGAUUUACUCCAACUACUACGGCUUCCUGUACUCCGGGCCGCUCGAGACGACGGGGACGAUGUCCGUGACGAUCACGUCGUGCGAGCUCGGCUAUUUCCUGAACGCGGCGAACUCUUGCGAGGGGUGCGGCGAGGGGCAUUACUCCCCCGCGGGCGCGGUCGCGGGCGUGUGCUACGAGUGCCCCGCGGGAUAUUUCAACGACGACGAGAGCGCGUCGGGCCCGAGCUGCACGCCGUGCCCGGCGGGGUAUUUCCUCGCCACCACGGGCGGGCAGAGCCAGGCGGAGUGCACGCAGUGCUCGUCGGUCUCCGUGAGCGCCAUGGGCUCCAAAACGUGCACGGUCUGCGGCCCGGGGUUGACGCCAAACUCGAAGAAAGACGCGUGCGAGACGUCCGAAGACGUCUACAUCGUCGUCGUCUCGUUAAUCUGCGCGUUAAUCGUCGCCAUGAUCGUGUAUUGCUGCGUGCACUUCCGCCCCGGCGAUAAGAAGGUGAAGAUCAUCAUGAGGCAGAUGCGCGAGUCGCAAGGAAAAGGGCUCAUAGACUCCGCGGCGGAGCGCGAGCGCGUCGCGGCGCAGUCCAUGGACGAUUUAACUCGCGAGGUGAAGGUCACCGCCGCGGCGUCGAGCGCGGUGGACGCCGCCGCGAGGGCGUCCGUCGCCGCGGCCGCGCUUCUCACCGGUCUCGACGCGGAGACGCUCGCGAACGACAUCGCUCCCGUCGUGAGCUCGCAGCGACGGGCCGUCGAGAGCGCCGUGAACCAGAUGACGUACACCUGGGGCGCGGACGGCACCUCGAUCACCAAGUCGGAGGAAAACGAAAUCAUGGCCGCCGUGGACGUCGCCGUCAAGGCUGUGUGCACGGCGACGCAGCAAGCCGCGGACGCGGACGCCGCGGGGACGCUCGAAGCCGUCGCCGAGGUGACGGACAAGUCGCUGUCGAAAAAACUCUCCGCGCGCGUCGCCAAGGCGAACGACAUCGAGAACGACGUCACCGCCGCGAUCUGCAUGGCCGCGCACCUGGACGCCAUCGAAGCGGUAAACGAGGCGAAAGAGGUGUUGCUCACGCUUCCGAAGGGCCCGCAGUUCGACGCGCACAAGCUGAAGUAUCAAGAGGCGCUCGAGGCGAUCGAGGAGCGGAUCAACGCCACGGCGCUCGCGAGGCGGUAUGCGACGCAGGCGCGCAUCAACCGCCGCGGCAUCAACCCCGCGCCCGCGCCGGGGACCCCCGAGGCCGCCUCGGAGGCGAAGACGGACAUCGAGGAGUGCUAUCACUUCAUCGCCGGGAUCGAGUCCACCCUGCAGAUGCUCUCGAAGGUUUCGGAGAAGAACGCGGCGAUCGCGCGGGCCAAGGCGAAACUGGGUCCCAUGAUUACGAACACCGCGAACAAGUGCCGGACGAAAAUCGACGCCGCGUACGGCGCGAGAAAGGCGAAGGCUCUCGAGGAAGACUUCCCGAUGACGGAUCCCGUCGGCGUCAUCGCCCUCGAGUCGAUCAUGGAGUCGACGUUGCACAUGCAGCGGCUCUCCGCGGAAGCCGCCGUCGGCCUCGCACUCGCGAUUCAUCCGGGGAAAUUCUCCGACGCGAAUCUCACCGUGGCCGUGCAAGCGGAAGCGCUCGCGGGACGCGCGCUCCCCGCGGCGCAGAUGGCCAUGUCUCGUCACAUGGCGGACGCGUUCGACGCGCAAGGUAUGGACCCGUUCGAGGCGGCGAAGCACGCGGCGGAUCUCGCGACGAGUCUCGAAUCGAUGCACGACAAGUUCGAAACAAUCUCCGCUCGCCGUCACGGCGCGCUGAUGAAGAUGAUCAUCGACGCGGCGAACUUGAACGGGCCGCCGAACGACGCGGACGUGGAAGCCGCGACCGCGAGCGCGACGGCGACGCUCGAGGGCGACUUCAAAGAGGCUGCGGAGUCGGUGCUCGCGAUCCAACACCCCGAAGGGAUCGAACCGGAGGCGUCGAAGGACCUGACCGAGGACCAGAACCAAGUCGCGAACGAUCUCUCGCAAGCGGCGCAGACGUCUCUGGCCGACGAGAUCGCAGCGUUGAGCGCGUCGCAGGCGAAAGAGGCGGACGAGCGGAAUGCGGCGCUCGAGCAGCUCGCGAACUUGGAUCUCGCGGACGCGCACGCGCAGGAGAUGUUGCAGAAGCUCACCGCGAAGGUCAUCGCCGCCGGGUUUGAAGGACGCGACUACGAAAAGUUCGACGGCGUCGCGUCCAUUCUGAACCAAGCGCAGGCGGGGAUGGCUCUCAACUUCGCGAACGCGCGCUCGGAUCUGGACGCGCAGACCAUGGCGAUGAACCGCCAGCUCGAGAAGUCCGCGGCGCGGCACAACCAGGAUCUGAGCGACCGUCUCACGAAACGCGAGGAGACGGGGCCACAGAAGAAGCUCGGGUUUUUCGGGCGGACCAAGGAGGCGGCCCGAGAGCGCGCCGUCGCGGCGACGAUCUCGAAACAGAUCGCCCUGGCCGGCGGCACGAAAGGGAUGGAUAAAGAGGCUAUAUCCGCGAUGAUGAAGGAGCACGUCGACAAGCUCGUCGCGAUGAACAACAAGCUCGAGGACGUGAACAAGUCGAAACACGACAACUUGAUGGCGCGGUUGGCGAAAAAGAAGGCGGGGAACCAAGUCGCGCCGGUGUGACGCGGCGGCGACGUCGGGUCGCCCGCCUGAAGUACACCCUAGGUCGUAGAUAAUCCAUCGUGUCUACGUUGUAUAUAUAAGGUUAUUCACAUUAUUCGUUCAU